AGGCUGCUUUUGACUCCCCUGAGACACCUGACAGUGAACCUUUGUUUACAAAACUGCGCAAUCCAAGCACAGGGGAAGCAACCCUUUACUUAUUCAAUAGUGGUGCACAGCAGCUGUUUGAAGUAAAAGCUUUUCAUGAGGAAUAUCAUUCCUGGUUUAUAGAUGGGCGCCUGCUGUUUGUUACACCAGUGGAUCCCUUAUUUCUCAUACUUUACUACCUCAUAAAGGCAGAUGAGGAGCAUCAAGGAAAGUUCCAGCCACUUGAUCAAGUUGUGCUAGACUCAGAGUACCCUAGUUGCCCAUUGCUGCUGAAGUGUGUGGAUGUCAAACAGUACAUACAUCAUGUCACGGAAGAAAAAGAGAUUGGCAGUCAGAAAUUCCACAGAUAUAGUCAAGAGAAGACACUGAAGUGGUUAAAGAAAAAGGUUAAUCAAACAGUGAAAGCACUUAAAAGCAACAAUAUAUUGGUAGGGGAAAAGGUAGUUGCAACUACAUUUAUCAGCGGUAAACAGAUCGCAGAUACUAAAGAAGACUAUGUACGCUAUGCCCAUGGUUUAAUAUCAGAAUAUAUUCCUGAGGAUCUGAGUAAGGAGUUGUUAAAAUACUUAGGGCUCCCAGAACUUAGAAGCCCAGCACCAGAUCCACCACUGAAGAAAAGGAAAUUGUCAGAUGUCCCUGUGGAACCAGACGAGGACUAUACUAAACUUAACAGCAACAGUCUGAAAACUAAAAAGGCAAACAGCAAGAUGUCUGCAGCACAGAAGGCUCUGGCCAAAGUUGAUAAGAGUGGAAUGAAAUCCAUUUCUGCUUUCUUCAGCUCCAAAUCUAAAGCAUCAAAAUAAAGACUUGUUCUUGAAAACGUUUUAUACAGUGGCUAUUUUUAUGUUAAGCUAAGGAUGUCUCCUGGGGUUUUUUGUUAGUAUAGUAUAUGUAGGGCAUGUCUGGAGUGCGAUGAAGAGGCCUGUGAGCUAGCGUGGCACAGAGUUGUUGUGCCUUAGUGCAGAUAUUCCAUCCUGGGUCAGGAAGAUGGCCUAGCUGCAUUAAUGUGGUGCUGUGAGCUGAGAAGCAAGGCUAGGCACAGUACCAUACUGUAGUGCUGCUGCUUCU